ACUUUCUUACCUUGAAAAUAACUCUAACGCCUUGCUCAGCUUUACUAUUUAGUGGUUCUAUUAGAUUAUGAGCAAUCAUAAUAACAGCCAGCGUAUUAAGGUCAUCUGUGAGCUGAAUGUUUUCCAUAAUUUUUCAUUUUAAAUUUUCGUAAUAGUCACGAGAGGCUUUGUGAUGGAGGCGCUCACUACCUGGAUGGGCAGACACAAGGAAAGAACACUGAACAGCCAGGAGGUGUGAAUAAAGACCAUGAGAGAGGGAAACCAGAAACUCUCCAUCUCCACUUAGGAAAACAAAGUUUGAUCCACUCUUUGAAAAGAAUUCGAAAGCUUUGGAAAAGUAUCUUAGCAAGGAAGGAACACUAAGAAAAGUUGCUUGUGGAAGUUAGACCAAAUAGCAGGAAGGUAUUACAGCAAAAUGGAUUUGGGAAAGGACCAAUCUCGCUUAAAACGCCGUCAGACACCUAAUCCUCGUCAAGAAGAGAAUCAUGUUCCAGAAGUCACUGGAACUUGGAAUUUGCGAAACAGAGAGCAACUCAGAAAAAGGAAAGCUGAAGCACAAGAGAAGCAAAAUUUGCAGUGGCAUGUUGGAGAGAAAAAAUGCAAGCGGCCAAGGACAGGAAAAGGAAACAAAAGAGGAAGAAAGAGACGACAAAGUACAGAACUAAAGGGGGAACCUCAGUCACAAUUUAAAAAAGACACAAUGGAGAAAGCACUGGUACCUACGGAGAAAGAAACUGAACCACCUAAGAGUAUAACUGAAGUGUUGUCUCUGCUAGCCUCUCCCAAAAAAGUUAUGCCUGAGACACAAUUUUCUGCAGUGGAUCAAGAAAACAUACAUCAGGAUCAUUCUUCUGAGUUACAAGAAACAGUUGUACAAAACCACCCUUCUGAAACAUGCCAAGAUGUGGCUGAACCUGAAGCCCUCUCUCCUACAAUGAACCAGGAAAUGGCCGUGAUUCAAGGCCAUUAUUCCAUAAUGUGCCCUGAUACAGCUGAACUUGAAGACCUCUCUCCUACAACGUGCCAAGAAAUGGCCGUGAUUCAAGGCCAUUCUUCCAUAAUGUGCCCUGAUACAGCUGAACCUGAAGAUUUCACUUCUACAAUGUGCCAGGAAACAGCUGUACUUCAAAACCAUCCUUCCAGAAUGUGCCCUGAUAUGGCUGAACCUAAAGCCCUCUCCUCUACAAUGUGCCAAGAAACAACUGUAGUCAAAGUCCUUCCUUCUAAAACAUCUGAAGACAUAGCUGACUUGGAAGCAUGCUCCCCUGAAGCAUUCUCCAAACCAGAUAUGCCUAAAGGGUAUGCUCUUGAAACAUACCAAAAGAGAGGUGAACCUGAGGAAUACAAUUCUGAACCAGAACAAGGAAUGGCUGAGAUUGAAAGCUUCUUUCCUAAGACACAAGAAAUAGCUGUGCCUAAAGACCUUUCUACAAAGACACACCAAGAAACAGUUGAACCUGAACACUUCUCUCAUGAAACAUAUAAAGAAAUUGCUGUGCCUAAAGCAUUCUCUCAUAACACAACCCAAGAAGUGCCUGCUCUUGAGGAAUAUCCUCCUGAAAUAUACCAUGAAACACCUGUGCCUGAGGAAGGCUCACCUGAAAUAUACCAAAAAACACCUGGGCCUGAGGAUGGCUCACCUGAAAUAUACCAAGAAACACCUGCGCCUGAGGAAGGCUCACCUGAAAUAUACCAAGAAACACCUAGGCCUGAGGAAGGCUCACCUGAAAUAUGCCAAGAAACACCUGGGCCUGAAGACUAUUCACCUGAAAUAUACCAAGAAACACCUGGGCCUGAAGAUCUUUCUACUAAGGCAUAUAAAAAUAAGGAUCUGCCCAAAGAAUGCUUUCCAGAACCACAUCAAGAAACAGGUGGGCCCCAAGGCCAGGAUCCUAAAGCACACCAGGAGGAUGCUAAGGAUGUUUAUACUUUUCCUCGAGAAAUGAGAGAAAAACCCAAAGCAGAAGAACCAGAGAUACCAGCAAUUGCAAAUGUUCCUCAAGAAAUUCAUCCAGAAAAUGACGUCUUUAGUUAUGUUUUGUUUUAACAAUGCUCAACCGUCAAUAGUUGUCCAACAAAAUACACAUCUUAAUAUAUUACGUGUGUGAUUUUUUCAAAACACUGUAGAUCUCUACAAUACUCAUUAAUAUUUUUACGUUUUCUUUUUCUCAUGUAUAGACUCUGAGAGAAUGAAGGUAUUUUUUUCAGGCCCUGUUAUAUAGAUGAUAUCCUGCUAGUGUUUGCGUGUGUGUGUGUGCAUGUGUGUGUGUGUGUAUACAUAUAUGCAUAUUGGGGUGAGGAUAGUGGUGGGGGAGAGAGAGAAACGUGAAAGGAAUGGCUGAGUAAUUGAUCACCCAUCAAGAACCUUUAAUUCUAUAUUUUAUUUAUUUUUUCCUUGGUUAAUUCUUAAAAGUAGAGAAACUAUUGUUUGAACACUUAAAAUCUGGGGGAGUAAUAGUUUUCUUGUAAACUUUGUUCACUUAUCCAUGUAACAAUAGCAUCAACAUUUUAUUCAGACUUUGGUAGUCUAAAAAGUUAAUUUUAACAAUUAUUCUGGGACUCCUUCCAAGAUAUUUUGAGGAGAUGAGUGAUCAACGCAGUUUCCUAGAGUGUUUGAAUUUUGAUUUUCUUUUUCCUUUUUAAAUAUUGUAUUUGUGCAAAAUGUACAUUAAAUCUUUAUUACAUGUU